GUUUUAAUUUACAAAACUUAGUUUGUAGAUGUGUCAUGAUGUAUUGAAGGAUUAUAUAUUUUGACAUUUUCCUGGGGGGCAGUUUUAAUCUUUUACAGUUAGUUUAAUAAUUGUUAUAAUAAAUUUAACGGAGUCUUACCAGUUUUAUAGAAAAUUCCCUAAAGAUGUUUUCUUUAAGUAAAUUAACUCAUCCAGCUACUGGAGUAGAACAUGCAGUCACUUGUUACUUCUUUAAUCGUUUGGAAAAGUCCCUGGUUGUCGCUGGAGCUAAUAUUAUAAGAGUGUAUCGCUUUAUGCCUGAAAUUGAUAUGAAUAAAAGACAUAUGUAUACAGAUAAAAAUCCUCCCAAGAUGCGAUUAGAGUGUGUUGCCAAUUAUUCAUUAUUUGGGAAUAUAAUGUCCUUAGCAUCCGUCAGCUUCAUUGGUUCACAACGUGAUUCUCUAUUAAUUAGUUUUAAAGAUGCUAAACUGAGCAUAGUUGAGUAUGAUUUAGAUAGUAAUUCUCUUCAUACAGUGUCUUUACAUUACUUUGAGGAAGAAGAAAUCCAAGCUGGAUGGACUCAACAUCAUAGCAUUCCUGUAAUUAGAGUAGAUCCUGAAGGAAGAUGUGCUGUAAUGCUUAUAUAUGGAAGAAAGUUGGUUGUAUUACCAUUCCGCCGUGAAAAUACUAUUGAAGACCCCACAGGACAGUUGGCGCCCGAACCAACACCUACCUCGCAACCCACCAGACCUCCUAUUCUUACUUCUUAUCUCAUAGAAUUGAAAGAAAUUGAAGAAAAAAUGGAAAAUGUUUUAGAUGUUCAAUUUUUACAUGGAUAUAAUGAGCCGACAUUAUUAAUCCUCUUUGAACCAAUGCAAACCUUUCCAGGGAGAAUCGCAGUAAGAAGAGAUACUUGCUGUAUGGUGGCUAUUUCGCUGAAUAUGGAUCAAAAAGUACAUCCUGUAAUUUGGUCAGUUAAUAACUUGCCGAUGGAUUGUAAAAUGUUAGUGCCAGUGUCAAAACCUCUUGCGGGUACAUUAGUUGUAUCCCAUAAUGCUUUGAUUUAUCUUAAUCAAAGUGUCCCUCCUUAUGGUGUCAGUCUCAAUGCUUUGACUGACAUUAGUACUGGAUUUCCAUUGAAACCGCAGGAUGGUGUGAAAAUUACUCUAGAAAGUUCACAAGUUUGCUUUCUGUCACACGAUCGAUUAGUUAUGUCGUUGAAAGGCGGAGAAUUAUACGUUGUGACAUUGCAUGCCGACAGUAUGAGGAGCGUAAGAAGCUUUCAUUUUCAAAGAUCAGCUGCUAGCGUACUCACCACUUGUAUGUGCCUCUGUGAAGACAAUUUCUUGUUUUUGGGUUCAAGAUUGGGAAACUCACUUUUACUUAAGUUGUCAGAAAAAGAACAGCACAGCGUCGACACUAAACCGGUUUUAGUUAUAGACUUAUCUGCCGACAAACCUCCACCGAAAAAGAAAAGGCUCGAUACUUUGGGUGAUUGCAUGGCUUCAGACGUUACUGAAAUUAGGGAUGAAGAUGAAUUAGAAGUGUAUGGCAAUGAAGUGCAAACAUCAGUUCAGCUUUCAUCUUAUGCUUUUGAGGUUUGUGACAGUCUGCUUAAUAUUGGACCGUGUGGAAAUGUUUCGAUGGGUGAACCAGCGUUUCUCUCUGAAGAAUUCAACAGUAGUCCAAACCCAGAUGUCGAGCUUGUUACUAGUUCAGGAUAUGGCAAAAAUGGUGCGCUCUGUGUUCUUCAACGCUCGAUAAGGCCUCAGGUAGCAACAACUUUUGAGUUACCAGGUUGCCUUGAUAUGUGGACAGUCGUUGGCAGUAAACAUGAGGUGUUUGGAGAAAGUUCUGAACUCGCGCAUUCCUUCAUGAUCUUGACUCAAAAGGAUUCAACUAUGAUUUUGCAAACCGGAAGGGAAAUUAAUGAGCUUGAUCAUUCAGGAUUUAAUACUCAUGGUCCUACAAUAUUUGCUGGAAAUCUGGGAAAUAACAGGUUUAUAGUUCAAGUAUCUACUAUGGGUGUUAGACUUCUUCAAGGUAGUGACCAGGUUCAACAUCUUCCUAUAGAUCUAGGUUCUCCUUUGGUUUCCGCUUCAUCCUCUGACCCUUAUGUGGUUUGUAUGAGCGGAGAUGGACAAAUCAUAGUUCUCACCUUCAAAGAGACUAGAGGAACCGGAAAAUUGAUUAUAUCAAAACCAAAAAUUAAUUUAAGACCCCAGAUAACAAAUUUAUGUGUAUACAGAGAUUUGAGUGGUAUAUUUACUAUGACAACUGAUGAAUUGGAAUCAGAGGUUUAUACCAUUCCGAAUAAUUUUAUUGUUGACAAUGUAAAAGCUGAAACGAUUGAUGAUGAAGAGGAAUUAUUAUAUGGCGAAUCUAGUGUUUUAAAUAUAAAGAAAGAAGCUGAUCCUCUUCCUACACCAAUGGUUCAUUACCCGAGAAAGCCUCAAUGGUGGAGGAAACAUUUAUUGGAUAGUCGUAUUUCUUAUUGGGUUCUAUUUACUCGUGAUAAUGGCCAUUUAGAAAUAUACUCUCUCCCUGAUCUGAAGCUUUGCUACUUAGCCGCAAAUAUCGGACUGGGUUCUCAUAUUCUUUCCGAUAGUCUAGGUGCUCCGCCCACCCUUGCCCAAGCUCAUAAUGAUACGAACCCUGCUCCUGAAGCAGAUGUAAAAGAAAUAUUAUUAGUCGGCUUAGGUCAUAAUGGUAACAGACCUCUUCUGCUUAUUCGGCUCGACAACGAAGUUUUGAUUUAUCAAGCUUAUUCCUAUCCGCAUGUCAGCUUAAACAUGAGGUUUUCGAAAAUAGGAACACUUCUUUCAAGAGAAGUCGAAAACAGAGAUAAGAUUGAUGAUCCUGAUGAUAUAAGAGUGGGCCAGCUCAGAUAUUUCAGCAAUGUAUCUGGUUACAAUGGGGUCUUCAUCUGUGGAACAAACCCUCAUUGGAUGUUCUUGACAUCAAGGGGUGAAUUACGACUUCACCCUAUGCACAUCGAUGGGCCUGUGAGAUGCUUUGCUGCAUUCCACAAUGUCAACUGCCCGCAAGGAUUCCUGUAUUUUAACAAAAAGGCUGAGUUGAGAAUCAGUGUACUGCCGACUCAUUUGAAUUACGAUGCUUUUUGGCCUGUCAGGAAGGUUCCGUUGAGAUGUACCGUACACUUUGUCACGUAUCAUAUUGAAAGUAAAACGUAUUGCAUUGUGACAAGCGUAGCUGAACCUACAAGGGAAUACUACAAAUUCAAUGGAGAGGACAAAGAACUUUCUGUUGAAGAAAAAGAUGAUCGUUUUCCUUAUCCACUUGCUGAAAAGUUUAGCGUUUCCCUGUUUUCUCCUGUUUCUUGGGAUAUAAUUCCAAAUACUAAAAAGGACUUGGAUGAUUGGGAACAUGUGACGUGUUUGAAAAAUGUUAGCCUAGCUUAUGAAGGAACAAGAAGUGGUCUGAAAGGUUAUAUCUCCCUCGGUACUAAUUAUAACUACAGUGAGGACAUCACCAGCCGUGGAAGGAUAUGGUUGUUUGAUAUUAUUGACGUUGUGCCCGAACCUGGUCAGCCUCUCACAAAGAACAGAAUCAAAAUGGUCUACAAUAAAGAUCAAAAGGGUCCAAUAACAGCUAUGACUCAUGUUGUUGGAUUUUUAGUCUCUGCUGUGGGUCAAAAGAUUUAUAUCUGGCAGUUAAAGGAUAAUGACCUAGUCGGCGUGGCUUUUAUAGAUACCCAGAUCUAUAUUCAUCAGCUAUUGAGUGUAAAAUCUUUGAUACUCGUCGCUGAUGUCUAUAAAUCCAUUACUCUUCUGCGUUUUCAGGAGGAGUACAGAACUCUCUCCUUAGUUAGCAGGGAUUUCCGGGCUGUUGAAGCUUAUGCUAUCGAUUUUCUCAUAGACAAUACAAAUCUUGGAUUUUUGGUCUCGGACAGGGAAAAAAAUGUCGUCCUUUACAUGUACCAGCCUGAGGCCAGAGAAAGUUUUGGAGGUCAAAGACUGAUUAGAAAAGGAGAUUUUCAUUUAGGUCAACAUGUAAAUGCAUUUUUUAGAAUUAAAUGCAGGUUACCUGAUACAGAUAUUGUGAAAAAGCAAGUGAGUGGUUCGGAGAAUCGACAAGUCACAGUUUUUGCUACUCUAGAUGGAGCCAUUGGUUACUUACUUCCACUUCCAGAAAAGACAUACAGGCGAUUACUUAUGCUUCAGAAUAUUUUGAUCAAUUAUAUUCCGCAUAUUGCUGGUCUAAAUCCCAAAGAAUACAGAAUGUACAAAAGUUCUUCAAAAUUACUCGGUAAUCCUGCAAAAGGUGUUAUUGAUGGUGAAUUGGUCUGGUUAUAUCUUACGCUAUCUCUUAACGAAAGACAUGAAAUAGCCAAAAAGAUUGGCACUAAAGUAGAUGAAAUUUUAGAGGAUAUGUUUGAUAUGGAAAUGUUGACAGCAAAUUUUUAGAAGAGAAAAUUAUUCAGUUUUUAAAUAACUGUAUUGUAUAUAUUUAUAUAUAAUUAUAUUUCACAUUUUUAAGUAUAAAAUCCUGUUUGUAUUGGGUUAUAGUGGAAACCAAUAAACUGAUAUAUUUUUUCUAUGAA